GGCGCGCAGGUCGUAGCAGCAACACACUGUGCGGUGAUCAUGCCGAAUUUCUGACACUGACAGAAAACUAUCGUAGGCCAUCUUUGGACGCAAGACCGGGGAAACGGCCGUCUUUGAACCUCUCUCACUGUACGACAUAGGACCACCGAUGGAGAGCCACGAUCACAGAAAUCGCGACGAUAGUUUCACGAUGGCAAUCUUUCGUCUGGGACAGCCAAUUAUCGUGCAGUGUAUCCCGGGCUUUAUUCGUUCAAGGUAGCUUAUGUUUGCCAUGCUGUAAUGUUUGCAAACAUAAUGAUUCAUGUUGUUCCUUUGAGAUUGAGCAUGUUUUUCAGAGGUCAUGUUGGACACGGCUUGUGUGCCAUCCCUAAACAAAAAACAGCAUGAAGACGAUCGCUUUACUGUUCAUCAUCUCUUUAUCCAUCAAUGGUGUGUUUGGUGAUGAAGUGAAGUCAGUGUCAGUAAUAGAGGGAGAUUCUGUUACUCUACACACUGAUCUUACUAAAAUACAGAGAGAUUAUUUGAUACUUUGGAGGUUUAGAGAUGAACCAGACCCCAUAGCUACAAUUGACAGAGUGGUAAAUAAUAUCUCAAUAUAUGAUGAUGUUCUUGAUGGGAGAUUCAGAGACAGACUGCAGGUGAAUGAUCAGACUGGAGAUCUCAUCAUCACAAACAUCACAACUCAACACACUGGACUUUAUAUAUUACAGCUCAAGGGAGUUAUUGUUACAACAAAGAAUUUCAGUGUUAAUGGUGUGGUUGGUGCAGGUGGAGUGAAUUCAGUGUCAGUGUUGGAAGGAGAUUCUCUUACUCUACACACCGAUGUUCCUGAUAUCAAUAAAUAUGAUGAGAUACGGUGGAAAUUUCAUCAUGAAAACUCUCCUCUAGCUGAAAUCAACAGAAAUGCUGCUAUUUUCUCUACAUAUGAUGAUGCUCAUGAUGGGAUAUUUAAAGGUAGAAUGCAGCUAAAUUGUCAGACUGGAUCUCUCACCAUCACAAACAUCAGAAUCAAACACUCUGGAUUUUAUGAAGUAAACAUCACCUCCAGCGGUAGUUAUACCAUACAUCAGUCAUUCACAGUUAUUGUCAGUGGUAAAGUGAAGUCGGUGUCAGUGAUGGAGGGAGAUCCUGUUACUCUACACACUGAUAGUAAACUACAGACAGAUGAAGUGAUUGUGUGGAGGUUUUUACGUGAUGACUCUCAGAUAGCUCAAAUAUAUAAACAAAGCAAUCUGUCAAGAACAUAUGAUGGUGAGGAUGGGAGAUUCAGAGACAGAAUGAAGCUAAAUGAUCAGACUGGAGAUCUCACCAUCACUGACAGCAAACCUGAAUACAGUGGAGCUUAUGAACUGAAGAUGAACAUCAGAAGACGAUCCAUUCAGAGAAGAUUCAGUAUUCAUGUCAGUGAGCGAGGUCUGUCUCCAGGGGCUAUAGUAGGAAUAUGUGUUUUCUUGCUCUUGCUUAUUGCUGCUGUUCCUGUUGCUGGUUUGAUUUAUUAUCGCCGCAAGAUCUUUGAAUUGGGUGAAAUAGAACGCCUGCAAGUAGAUGAGAGACGAUCUGUCUAUCUGAAUACUGAAGUUACCGACAUAGAGAGAGAUGAUCUGAUAGAGUGGAGAUUUGGAGAAACUCUCAUAGCUGAAAUCAAUCCUGCCCGCAAUAUCUUCAGUACAUAUGAUGAUCUAUUCAGAGAUAUGCUGAUGCUUAAUCAUCAGACAGGGGAUCUCGUCAUACAUGGCAUCAAACCGGAACACCAAGGAGAUUAUAAACUGAAGAUCAUCAGAGGUGGAAAAACCUCAUACAAGAGAUUCAGAGUUCAUGUCACAGGUGAAAGAGAAAUACUGGAAGUGUUUGAGGGAGAAUCUGCUGAUCUGGAGACUGAAGUUAAAGACAUACAUAGAGUUGAUCUGAUAGAGUGGAGAUUUGAAGAAAAAAAACCUCUCAUAGCUGAAAUCAAUCCUGCAAACAAGAUCUUCAGUACAUAUGAUGGUGAUGAUGAUCUAUUCAGAGAUAAACUGAAGCUGAAUCCUCAGACUGGAGAUCUCAUCAUCAGUGACAUCAGAAUGAAACAUCGUGGAGAUUAUAAACUGAAACUCAUUAGAGAUGGAGAAACAUCAUAUAAAAAAUUCAGACUGGUUGUCAGAGGUAAUUUAGAAGUAUUGCGAGUGAAUGAGGGAGAAUCUGUUCUUUUGAAGAUUCAUCUUACUGACAUACAGAGUCAUAAUCUGUUAGAGUGGAGAUUUGAAGAAACUCUCAUAGCUGAAAUCAAUCCUGCAAACAAUAUCUUCAGGACAUAUGAUAAAGGUCGAUUCAGAGAUAAACUGAAGCUGAAUCAUCAGACUGGAGAUCUCAACAUCAAUGACGUCAGUUGGGAACACACUGGAUUUUAUAUACUGAAGAUCAUCAGAGGUGAAAAAACCUCAUACAAGACAAUAUCUAUGUCGGUUACAAAUGAAAUAAAAAUACUGGAAGUGGAUGAGGGGAAAUCUGUCAAUCUGGAAACCGAAGUUACUGACAUACAGAGAGAUCUGAUACAGUGGAGAUUUGGACGUAAAGAAACUCUGAUAGCUGAUAUCAAUCCUGCCUGCAGUAUCUUCAGUACAUAUGAUGGUGAUGAUGGUCUGUUCAGAGAUAAAAUAGAGGUAAAUCCUCAGAAUGGAAAUCUGACCAUCAAUGACAUCAGAUGGGAACACACUGGAGUUUAUAAACUGAAGAUCAUCAGAGGUGAAAAAGCCUCAUACAGGAGAUUCAGUGUGUUUGUCAGAUUUGAAACAGAAACACUGCGAGUGAAAAAGGGAGACUCUGUCGAUCUGGAGACUGAUCUUACUGAAAUACAGAGAGAUGAUCUGAUAGAGUGGAGAUUUGGAAUUGAAGAAACUCUUAUAGCUAAAAUCAAUCCUGCCAACAAUAUUUUCAGUACAUAUGAUGGUGAUGAUGAUCUAUUCAGAGAUAAACUGGAGCUGAAUCCUCGGACUGGAGAUCUCACCAUCAAUGACAUACUAAAGAAACACACCAGAGUUUAUAUACUGAAGAUCAUCAGCGAUGGAGAAACAUCAUACAAGAGAUUCAGGGUGGUUGUCAGAGAUUAUGCAGUUGAAGUGAAAAGAGUGAAUGAGGGAGAGUCUUGCACUCUGAAGAAUGAUCUUACUGACAAAGAGAGAGAUGAUGUGAUGGAGUGGAGAUUUGAAGGGACUGUCAUAGCUCAAACGAAUCCUGACAACUGUAUCUCAAGGCAAUUUAAUGGUGAUGAUAGACUUAAGCUGAAUUAUCAGAAUGGAGAUAUCAACAUCAGUAACAUCACAGUGGAACAUGAUGGAGUUUAUACACUGUGGAUCAUCAGAGGUGGACUACCACAACCUACAUACAAGAGUUUCAGAGUAUUUGUCAAAGUCUCUGUGUAUGAGGGGAAAUCUCUUUAUCUGAAGACUAAAGUUACCGACGUACAGAGAGUUGAGAAGAUAGAGUGGAGAUUCAGAAAAACUCUCAUAGCUGAAAUCAAUCCUGCCAACAAUAUCUUCAGUACAUAUAAUGGUAAUGAUGAUCUAUUCAGAUAUAAACUGAAGCUGAAUCAUCAGACUGGAGAUCUCACCAUCAAUGAUGUCAGACAGAAACAUGAUGGAGUUUAUAAACUGAGGAUCAUCAAAGGUAGAGAAACCUCAGACAGGAGAUUCAGAGUGAUUGUCACCGGUAUCGAAAUAGAAGAUUCAGUGAGGAAGAGAAGAGAAGAUUCAGUGGGGAACAGAGGAAAAGAUUCAGUUGAGAUAGAGAUGGAGCCUUUGUUGCCUAAUAGCAGUCAGUAGCAGUGAUCUUCCUCUUAUGUAACAUCAUCAACAUUACAAACACAUCAGCAUCACAUCUAAGCUGGCUAGCAACAGAUCAGUAUCAUAGAGAAUGAGACGUGGUUUGGGAACCACAUGCUAAUUUUCUCGUAUUUGAAGCAUGGUUUACAGAAUGGCAGAUGAUAGGUGUGAUAACCAGUCAUUUGUUCAAUGUUUUCCCUCUGAUUAUGAUUAUUACCAGGGUACGAUUUGCUGGGGGGGAUUAUCCCCCCUCAGGGCUUUAUAUACCUGCCUCUGAUUCUUUUUUUAUCCCCAUUGGGGACAAAAUGUAUCCCCCCAUGAUUAAUGGUCAUCAAACGGCCAUAUAAACAGCUUAAAAUAAAGAUUAUUUAAUAUAUAUGAGUGUAAGUAAAAAUGUGGCCACGCAGUUAAAUCAGGAAUGGAGUAUUACUGUCAGCGCUUCCGCUCCUGUGACAAUAGGUGAAAUCCGAGUCAUGUCCUUUUUUAAUCCAAGCCCGGAUUUUCUAAAUGUCGCUAAGCACCAAUAGUUGAUUUCAGUGCAAAAACAGCCAAAUAAUAAAUGAAAGAGAUUCCAAGCA